AUGGCUUCGGUCCGUGAAGAGCCCAAGCCUGGGGACCUGAUUGAGAUUUUCCGAACUGGCUACCAGCACUGGGCCCUCUAUGUGGGCGAUGGCUGUGUGAUCCACCUGGCUCCCCCAGAUGGGUUCUCUGGGGCUGGCUCUCCCAGCGUCCUCUCCGUCCUGAGCAGCAGAGGGAUGGUGAAAAAGCAGCGCCUGAAGGAUGUAGUGGGGGACUGCCCCUAUAAGGUCAACAACCACUUGGACCAGGAGUACACACCGCUGCCGGUGAACAAGAUCAUCAGGUCUGCGGAGAAGAUGGUUGGCAAGCAGUUGGCGUAUGAUGUUCUGGACAGAAACUGUGAGCACUUUGUCACGGACCUGAGAUACGGCAAGGCCCGCAGCCGGCAGGUAAGGCCCUCUCUGGGGGCUCCCUCUCCCUCUGGAGCUCUGCUUGGAGUGGGGGCAACAAGAAUGA